AUGGCGGCGGGCGGCGGCGGCGGGGGGAGACCGCCGGGCCCCGACCCCGCGCUGGAGCCCUACGUGCAGACCCGCAUCUUCAAAAUCAUCGUGAUCGGAGACUCCAACGUGGGCAAGACAUGCCUGACCUUCCGCUUCUGCGGGGGCACCUUCCCCGGCAAGACCGAGGCCACCAUCGGCGUGGACUUCCGCGAGAAGACGGUGGAGAUCGAGGGGGAGCGCAUCAAGGUGCAAGUGUGGGACACAGCUGGCCAGGAGAGGUUUCGGAAGAGCAUGGUGGAGCACUACUACCGCAACGUGCACGCCGUGGUCUUCGUGUAUGACGUGACCAAGAUGAGCUCCUUCACCAACCUCAAGACGUGGAUCGAGGAGUGCAACGGGCACGCCGUGCCCCCGCUCGUCCCCAGGGUGCUCGUGGGGAACAAGUGUGACUUGAAGGACCUGAUCCAGGUGCCAUCCAGCCUGGCCCUCAAGUUCGCCGACGCUCACAACAUGCUUUUGUUUGAGACCUCGGCCAAGGACCCACAGGAGAGCCAGAACGUGGACGCGAUUUUCAUGUGCCUGGUGUGCCGGCUGAAGGCACAGCGCUCGCUGCCCUGCCGGGACACGGAGGGCUGGCCGGCACAGCCCCAGCCGCAGCCCCGGCGGCCGGACGAGGCCAGCGGGAAAGGCUCCUGCCCGUGCUGA